UCGUGCUGCUGCUGCCUCUGCUGUGCUGCGUGUGUCCCAGCAAGGUGAUCUGUUCCUGAAGAAAAUGGCUGAGCUCCCUUAUGCACUGAUGUCCCACUGUGGGGGUACCUCUGGCUUCCCAGAACAGUAUGAGCCAGUUGUGAGAAAACACUUCCAAAUUGUCUAUCUUGAAGAAUUUCUGAAUAAUAAAACUGUAUUUGCCUCAAAGAUUAAAGCUAUCCUGUUGUGGUGGCACAGACCUACAGUCAACAAAGAACUCCUCAAGUUGCUUCCAAACUUAAAAGUAAUUGGAAGUUCAGGAGCUGGGGUGGAUCACCUGGAUCUACAGCUUAUAGCAAGCUAUGGUAUUAAAGUGACCAACACGCCUCAUGUGGGAAAUGAUGCCACUGCAGAUAUGGGAAUGGCUCUGAUGUUGGCUUCUGCCAAAAAUAUCAUGGAAGGCAAAGUUGUUGACCAGGAUGCCUUAGUGGAAGCCUUAGAAAACAGAACUAUUAAGGCUGCUGCUUUGGAUGUCACAGAUCCGGAGCCACUGCCAAGAAACCAUCCUUUGCUGACGAUGAAGAAUGUAAUUUUAACACCCCAUAUCGGAAAUGCCUCUGACAAAACAAGAAGGAAAGUGGCAGAAAAGCUUGCAACAAAUGCAUCAGAUAUAAUAAAAGGAUUACCCAUAAUAGAUAUAGUGACAGCGCCAUGAUUGUGUUUUCCUAUAAUCAUUUUUGCACAUUUUUAUUAUUCAGCAUGGUAAAAAAAAUGCAAUAAACAAACCAAUAAACCUAGUUCUUAGCAGUCCUA